UGUAACCAAAAUGAUCACACAUGAUUUUUGUUAGUCCAAUAUAAAAUAUAUAUAUUUUUGAUAAUUUAAUAGUUACAGUAAUAUAAAUUCAUCAGAAGUCCGUCAUUACAGAAGCUGAUAGGGUGAGAUAUAGAGGCCCCUCCCUCUGUUCCUCCCUGUCUGUCUCCUUAUAGGUGGGUCCUGCAGCCUCUCCUCUCCUCACACUCCAACCCUGCUCAUCUCUCAGCUGGACAGUGAGGGCCGUUCACACCACACUCUGACAAGAUGCUGGGGACACUCUGCACUCUCAUCACUGCUCUAACAUGUGUUCAUGGUGUCAUUGUGUUGACCCAGAAGCCGUCUGUCCAGACCAAAACCACAGGAGAGGAGGUCACUAUGGACUGUAACAUUGGCAGAUUUGAUGGAAACUAUGUCCAUUGGUAUAAACAGGUUCCUGGUGGGGUUCCUCAAUAUGUUCUGAGCUUUAUCUACGGUGACAGUUCUUCUGAAUAUUAUGGGCCAGGUUUCUCCUCUAGUCGGUUCAACUCUGAAUCCACCUCAGACUUAGAUUAUCAGUUCAUCAUUAAACAGGUACAGGCAGGAGACUCAGCAGUGUAUUACUGUCAGACAUAUGAUGAAUCUGCUGAAGCGUUCGUAUCACAGUGGGUAUUCGGACCAGGAACCAAGCUCAUUGUUACUGAUGGAGAUCUUGCUACACCUGCUGUGACUCUGUUCCCUCCAUCCACUGAAGACCUCAAGUCCAGCAGAGCAACACUGGUGUGUCUGACUAGUAACCUGUCUCAGAAGUCCAAGGGGUUGGCAGAUGUCAGCUGGAUGUCUAAUGGUGAAUCAGUGACAGAAGAUGUUUCUACCAGCCCUGCUGAGCAGCAACCAGACAAAACCUUCAAGAUCAGCAGCUAUCUGACCAUUCAGACUGCAGACUGGGACAAGGACCUGGUGUUCACAUGUAAAGUGUCGUUGGGGUCAACAUUCUCUGAGAAAGAGAUCAGAAAGACUAGUUGUAGUCUGUAAAUCAAUAGUUUCAGACAAUCAAUACAACUGGUAGUUUGUUAUAGCUUCACAAAGAGUGCAGCUGUUAUUUCGUUAGAACGUUUAAGUGAUGUUUUGAUCCUU